CUAAACUCAGGUGUUGUUUCGACCGCCAGUCCCUCAGGCUGGCACCCGUAACAACAGUUCCUUUCGUCGACAGGAUUUCCCACUUGUCUUGUACUCGGCGUGAUAUCAUCCUUAUAUUCUCGCAUUAUGGCUUCGUCUGAACCAUCUUGGGACCUGACCGCAGCAACAGACGCCAUCGAUCUUGAGACUGCGCUCCUCAUCGCUCAGCUCCAGCUCGAAGACGCCCUCGAAAUCUCAGCUGGUUUCAAAGGCAAAGGCAAGGCCAACGCACCUCCAUCCGACCAGGAAAUUGCUGUCACCCUUCUGAGUGAAGAGAUCAAGGCAUGGAAACAAAUCCAUGAGGACGCCACGCUCGCGAGGAGCGUAAAUCGCGCUAUGGGCACCGACGCCGAUAUCCUCGAGGCUUUCAGGCUGGCGGAAGAGUCUGCUGCAGCGGAUCGUCGGGCAGCAGAGGUCUUGCAACGGCAAGGACGACUACCUCCGCCCACUCAGUCUCAGAGGAUAGUCGGUGAAGAUAAAGCCUUCCCCAAUCGUUUCAAGGAAGUGAAAGAGCAGAGGGGCUCGGCGAAGACAGACUUGAUCAAGAGACCCAUUAUCUCAGCCAGUACCGACAAGAAAGAGGCACAGGCGGUUACUGGCCUUUAUGGCUUUGUUACUUCGAGUGUCGAGGAAAGGACCGCGGGCCCCAGUGUGGACCGGUAUAAGAGGGUUGCUUGCGUGAGCUGCGACGAUAAGCAUCGCAUAGGCUCGAUGCUCAAAUCGAGCUGCAACGGCGAUCACUACUGGUGCAGUGCCUGCUUGGCCAGCGUAAUCGAAGUGUUUCUCAGAGAUGAGAGCCUCUAUCCGCUUCGAUGCUGCCAGACGCCGUUGGCGAAGGACGACGUCUCCUACUAUCUCAAUAACCCCUCCCUCUUUCGUCGAUUCGAGGAGAAAAUGAGAGAGUACGAUGUACCUACGAAGGAUCGCGUCUACUGUUCCACCCCAACAUGCUCUGCGUUCCUUGGCUCAGCUCUGACCCUCCGAGGAGCGACUCUCUACUACUUCAAUAUGCCGGCGUCUACAACCUGCAGGUCUUGCAGUGGGGCUACCUGUAUCGACUGCCGCAAGCCAGCCCACCGAGGAGAUACCUGUACGCAGAACGAGACUGUCGCACAGCUCCGGGCUCUAGCGAGGGAGGUAGGCUGGCAGACGUGUCCCGGGUGUUCGGCGGUGGUAGAGCUUCACCAUGGCUGUAACCACAUGACAUGCCGAUGCCGCACACAGUUCUGCUAUGCCUGCGGAGUCGAGUGGAAGAACUGUCGCUGCCCCCAGUGGGAGGAGGAACGCUUGCUUGCAACCGCCCAAGUUCGUGCGGAGAACGUCAUGGGUGCUCAAGCCCGACAGGCCCAGCCAGUCAAUUUUGCCCAGCAGGUGCAGCGUGCCGUCGACAAUCUACGAGUGAAUCAUGGGUGUACUUGGCAUCGCUGGUCGAGCAGGUCGGGAGGUGGCGUGUGCGAGGAAUGCGGUGACUAUCUUCCAGUCUAUCUCAAGGUUCGUCCUGUCCAAUUGUACUCGGUAUCGUGA